AUGCGCAUUACAUCUGCUUUUGCCGCUCUAGGUAGCUUGCAGGCUACCACCCUUGCUCUGGCUGGCACUCCCUGGCCCUGGCAAACAUACAGGUCAAGCUCCAACGAGCCUCCCAGUUUAAAGAUUUCAAAAUCUGGCCCUACAAGCCCUGGCUACCUCUUCUUUGACCAAUCAUGGGAUGCCCACCAAUACAGCGUUUUUAUUAUGUCAGACAGCAACGAGCUUGUCUGGCAAAGUCCAGCUGGGGAUUUGAAGGGUUUUCGUGUCCAGCAACUUGACGGAAAGCCCGUCCUGACCUACUUCAAUGGCCUUGGCGUCCCCGAGCCCUUUGGUUGGGGCUAUGGAAUCGUUCAAGUUUUGGAUCAAAGCUAUAACAGCAUAUACAAUGUUUCUGUGAUCAAUGAUAAUUACAAGGCUCUAGGAAGCAUCGACAGUUCAUCCUUUGUGUCUUGGAUUGAUAUGCACGAAAACACGAUGACGCCCGACGACACUAUGCUGGUCACAGGAUACAAUGUGACUGUAUGUGAUCUCAGCUCUGUGGGCGGUCCUAAAAACGGUUGGAUUGCGGACUCACUGUUCUAUGAGAUCGAUGUUAAGACCAACGAUAUCCUCUUCCGCUGGAGUGCCAAGGACCAUCUUGAUCAGAUUCCUCUGGAAGAUGUACAGCCGUUCUAUCCCGUGAAAGACUGGGGCCACAACAGCAGUUUUCCCUAUGGAUACUUUCACAUCAACUCGGUAGAAAAGUUCAAGGAUGGGACCUACUUGAUUUCUUCUCGUUAUUACUGCUCGCUGUUCAAGAUUGCGAAGAACGGAUCCGUUGACUGGACACUUCAGGUCAGAUCAAACCCCCCAAAGUCUAAAUCAAACACUAAAUACUUGCAGGGCCAAACUGGUGGCGACUUUGAUCUUAAGGGAAUACAGUGGGCCUACCAACACGAUGGCCGCAUUCACAAUGAGCAUGAGAAUGGAUUUGUGCUAAGCAUCUUCGACAAUGCCAACUCAGAUAUCAAAAAUGGUACUCAUCACACCGAAGGCAUAUUCCUUAAUGUCAAUCUAGCCACCCAUGAGGUGUCUUUCCUGCGUACUCUUCAAGACCCCGAAGAUGAGAUAUAUUCUCUAUCUCAAGGAAGUACCCAGUUGUUAGCCAAGGGCCACGCCUUGAUUGGCUAUGGCUCAAACCCUAAAAUCAAGGAAUACAACGAAAAUGGAACUUGCAUCAUGACUGCUCAGUUCGGAGAGGAUGGCGUUGUCGCCAGUUACCGGGCGUAUCGCUCUCCGUGGGUUGGCGUUCCAACCACAGCUCCCGAAGUAUUCUCUUGUGUUGACAAAGCACAUAACGUCACCAAAGUUUUUAUGAGUUGGAAUGGAGCCACUGAGCACAAGCAGUGGAAGAUCUUCGGAGGCGCAAGCCGCCAGGACUUGCAACCAAUUCUCAUUGCUCAUAAGACGGGGUUCGAGACCACUGUGAGCGUUAAUGGAACUCUCAAGUAUGUUCGUGUGGAGGCUCAUGGCCUGGAUAUUGAGAUGGGUGCCUCUAAGGUUGUGGAUGUGAAGAAUCAUUGUUAG